AUGAAUGAUUACUCUCGUCUGUCAGCAGUGCAAGCCGGCCAGCCCGAGUUCGCCAUCUUUCGGCGAUUCAUGCCCCUCCAGGCUCUCCAGCUGAACCGUCUGCAGGCCGAAAUUGCGCACCUCAGGCAGGGAUUAGGCACGCUAUUGGAGGCGGAGAGGAAACCUGGAAAUCCAAAGGAGUGGACCCCUAGUUUCUCCUUUGACCAGACUCAAACUUCGGGAGAUGAUGCUCCUCCCAGCUCAAUGCAGAAGGCUCUUUGGGACCGACUUGACGCUAAACUGGAGAAAUAUAGUAAUGCGCUCCUUCGCUAUCGCGCCGUCUCCCAACUCCCCUCCGUUGAUCCUUUGCAUCACAAGCACCUACGCCUUUGGAAUUUGGACCUCGAAAGCGGCCAUGGCUGCAUCCAUGGCGUCGAGGGUGUUGUCUGGAAUUCAGAGAAUGCAGAGGAUCUGACCUCGAUAGCUCUGCGUGCCGAGCCCAGAGAUCCUCUUACGUCUUUCCUCCACACGCGAUUCCUCCCGUUGUAUCACUCCUUGCUCGGGCACAAAUAUAAGCGGCGCGUCUAUAUUGCUGAUGCAUACACAGAUGCAAGGCAGCAAGUGCCCAUUUUCUCAUACUCGGACAAGGUGGUGCUUCAGAUCGUGAACACCUGCAGCACAGUCUUAUCAUCGAUGAUACCUUCCCUCUGCUCGCUCGCCUUAUACUUCAUCCAGCGUGAAGGGGCCAGAAUGGGUGCGAUCGUGGGCUUUACCUUCCUCUUCAGCGUCGUCAUUGCGUUGGUCACACCGGCCAAGAGGAUAGAGACUUUCGUGGCCACUGCCGCCUUUGCUGCCGUCCUCAUUGUUUUCGUUGGAAAUGGCACUUGA